UAUUAGAGAUGUAACGAUGCAUCAUGUUCAAUUGGAUUUAUUCAAAUGAAAAAACAUUCCUUUUAAUUACUUGUGGAUCUUUAUUGAAUUUUUGUGGAAACUUAAUAUCAGUGACAUUUAUGAUAAAGUAAGCAAGUUUCAAGUGACAUCUAAGCGAUACCAAGAUGUCCCAGCAUGCACUAGCAUGUGUGUUGUUUCUCCUAGUAACAGUUGCCAUAGUGACAAGUGAGGGCAACACUGACUCCCUCUCCAAUCACGCCCCCCAUGGGUCACCCCACAACACAACCCACAAGGAGCACCAUCAUGUACAUGUGGCAAAAUGGAACUGGGCCUAUGUGAAAUAUCCAUUUAUCAUUACAGGCUUCAUUUUCUUCGCUUGUAUUUUGAAACUCCUGUACCAUCAUGCAGGCUUCCUUGCUUCACUUGUCCCAGAAUCAUGCAUUCUGAUUUUACUUGGAACAGGAGUAGGUGCAAUUAUACACUACUCUGGUUCCCAGGGGGGAUUGCCUGAACUCACUCCAAGAAUCUUUUUCCUUUUCUUACUUCCUCCGAUUAUACUGGAAUCUGCGUACAGUUUACAUGACCGGGUGUUCUUUGAUAAUCUAGGCACCAUCUUGGUGUAUGCUGUAAUAGGAACAGUAUUAAACUGUUUUAUCAUAGGUCCUUCCUUAUAUGGACUUGCGAGAGCUGGCGCAAUGGGACCAAUACAAAUCACCUUUGUCCAGUGUUUGGCAUUCGCUUCGCUCAUUGUUGCUGUGGACCCUGUAGCGGUACUUGCAAUAUUUCAAGAAGUUGGAGUAAACCAAGUUCUAUACUUCCUAGUCUUUGGCGAGUCAUUGUUCAAUGAUGCUGUAACUGUGGUGCUAUACAAUACGAUGAAAACAUUUACAAAAAUGGAAACAAUCCCUCCUGAACAGAUCGCGUUAGGGUUUGCUGCAUUCUUCACUGUGAGUCUAGGGGGUCUUUUUAUUGGAAUGUUCUUUGGGUUCCUAACAGCUCUUCUGACCAGGUUUACUGGGCAUGUCAGAGUCGUUGAACCACUUGCUGUAUUUGUCUUGGCCUAUAUGGCCCUUCUUACUACAGAGAUGUUUCACUUCUCAGGGAUUGUAUCUGUGAUUGGAUGUGGAUUGGUUCAAGCUCAUUACGCAUUUCAUAACAUUUCCCACAAAUCCUACACAACAGUGAAGUACUUCAUAAAAAUGAUGGCUGCAACCAAUGACUGUCUAAUAUUUCUUUUUAUGGGCAUGGCCCUUGUUCACCCUGACCAUGUGUGGCACCCUGGCUUUAUAUGUUGGACGCUACUGCUCUGUUUGGUCGUCAGGUUUUUAGUCACAUUCGGUCUCACAUUCAUCGUGAACAAAGUAAAGAAGACAAUAAAAAUAUCAUACGAAGAACAGUUUAUCAUGUCGUAUGGUGGAUUGAGAGGAGCAGUUGCGUAUUGUCUCGUUGCGAUGUUUGACAAGAAAUAUGUACCGCAAAAUAUGUUUGAGUCAACAACUCUUGUAGUCGUCUUGUUUACAGUGUUCGUACAGGGUGCAACAAUCAAACCACUUGUGAAGCUUUUCAAGAUCCGAACUGCUGCAACUAAGUCAUUGAGUAUGUGCAAUGAGAUACAGGAUAGGGCAAAUGACCAUAUCGUCGCUGGAAUCGAACAGGUGCUAGGCCAUUAUGGAACUAACUUUUUCAGGGAGUUCUUUGAUAAUGUGGAUCACAAAUAUCUGAAAAAAUUCUUCCAAAAGAACCCUGAGAGUAGGGAUGCAGAAAUCAUGGCAAUCUAUGAAAAGAUAUCCCUUAAACAACAUCUUCAGGAGGUUAAACAUAUCACAACUCCUACAGAUGAAAAUGAAAAUAAGGACAAGGAAUUAGAUGAAGCAUUUGAAAAUAUGACCAAAGUAUCUGGAGCUGUGGCUCUCCCUGGCAAACCAACAGUCAGCGAAAAACAUCCGGAUGUAGUAUUAAGAAAAAGCAGACGUGGAGACAGGGCGUCCCGACUGAAAAUAUUCUCCCAAGGUCAGCGUGACUUCAGUAUGAUAGCAGAGCCUUCUCCACAGGACUUCAGAAUGAUGGCUUUACCCAGCAGCCCCUAUGCGUUCCGCAAGUUUGAUCGCAAUCUCACCAAAGAUUCUGAUGACAAAGACGCCUUAGUACAUAAGCUGAGAGAUAAAUUUGAACGCCAGUCGCGAUGGCAUAAAGUAUCACAUGGGCAGACUGUAGAUGGCGCUGUCAGAUCACAUGGUCCACGCCACAUGACUCUUGACCCAAAGCUUCUUCGAGCUCAAACAACAGAUGAUGUUGAAACUCCUCACCAUGGAAAACCCACAACGUUACCACAUGCAUUUACAAUUGAUAUGCCAAGUGGCAGCACUGCUCCACUCAGCGCUCCACCUGCUGAGAGAGAUUUUAAAUUUGAACCGAUUGAUGAAGUGGUUGAACCUGAAGAAUCAGACCCCUUAGUUGCUAAACAACAAAUCUCCAGAGGUUCGAAAAAGCAUGGAAAGUUGGAACGAGGGGAGACUAUCGAUAUGCCUGAUGUGAUGGAAAUGAAAGCAAUGAGAUCAAAACAAGGAGUUGCACCAAAAUCACAAGGUUCAUCUCAGGCACAACCGGGUGUCCAAAAACCACAACAGGGUGACCCAGAAGUACAAAUAACUGAAUCUUCAGCCCUUUUGCAAAAUGACAAAGCUUCAUCUGAUGCAUAAGAA